AUGUCCAUGUCCCUUUGGUGUGAGGAGGACAGCAGGGGCCCCCAGGAGCCUCAACUAAGAGCGCCGUGGGACCCCAAUGCAUCCGGGGCACGUGUGAUUAGCAGGCUACUGCAGUCAGAGGAGAGGUACUUGCCCUCACCACUCUACGUCUCUGUCAUUCAAAGAGAGCCGCAAAGGAGGGACGCGCUGGCCAAAUGGGCACUGGAGGUGUGCUGUGAGAGCGGCUGUGAAGAGUCAGUUUUCCCCCUGUCUGUCUCUCUGCUGGAUCUCUUCCUGUCUGCCUCGUUGUCCCUGCCUGUCUCCCCGCUCUGCCUGUCCGCGGCUUGCAUUCUUAUUGCCUCUAAAGUGGCUGGGAGUGAGCCGGUCAGCACAGACUCACUGUGUGCUGCGGCCAGCUUCAGCUUCCUGCCCAAAAAUCUCAGGGACAUGGAGCGUAUUGUCCUGGCAACCCUCCGAUGGGAUGUUGCCGUGGUAACCCCACAUGACUUCCUCCCACACUUCUUGUCUGCACUGGGGGAGAGGGAAAAGGACAGAGAGACAGAUAGAGACCCUGAAGUGUUCUUAUCAACUCUACGUCGUCAUAGUGACACCCUGGUUGCCAUGUGUGUUUGUGACUCCCGUUUCCUGGGAACUCCCCCAUCCCUGGUUGCGGCAGCAUCACUGAGUUCUGCCCUUUGUGGCCUGGGCAACAGGGGUUCUCAGCUGAGUCACAUGACCACCACGCUGGCUACACUUUGUCAGACUGACUUGGGCGUGCUGCAAUACUACACUGAGCUGAUAGAGGGGGCCCUCACAGAGCGUCUGAGAAAUGGACCGACAGGAAGUGGACUGUAUCCAGGAGGGAAUAAGGAUGAAGCUUUAGAGGAAAAUGACACAGAGAGAGCCGGUACACCAACCGAUCUGAGAGAGAUCGAUUUCUGA